UAUCGUCUUCCCCACAGCUCCACACACAACAAACGGAACAUCGCCCAAAAUGUCCAAAGCACCGACCCCCGAACUCAAGAAGUACAUGGACAAGAGGUUGUUCAUUCAACUUAACGGCGAUAGGAAGGUUGAGGGUGUUUUGCGUGGUUUCGAUCCUUUCAUGAACCUCGUCCUGGAAGAGACCGUCGAGAAGAUCUCGGACACGGAGGAAAGGCAGAUCGGCAGCGUCGUCAUCCGCGGAAACUCGGUACUCGUCAUGGAAGCGCUAGAUAAAAUAUGAGGAAGCUCUGGCGUUCGCGCCGCUCGUACCCAGCCCAACUGCCCAAAGCAUACAACAAACGACUGCCCGGGGGUUGUGGGCUGAACAACCUCUUUCCAGCAAAUUCGGCCUCAGCCUGUUUAGCCAUUUGGGACGGAAACCGGGCAGGAAAACAAAUGCCGUGCGUGCCGGGCAAGGAUUGGGGGAUGCGGGGAACGAAUUUGAAAUCUGGGGUUGGAGGUGGAUGUGACCUUGAGGCGGGGUGCCUUUGUAGCUGAGCAUCGGGCGGGGCGUUGAGACGGGAGGAACCGAUUUGACAGGAGUGUGAGGGUUUGUCUCGCUGGCAAUCUCGCUCAAUUCACCUGGAGGGAGACUCAUCUGUAUGCUAUGCUUUUUGUCUAUCUUAUCUUGUAUUCUUUUGUAAAUAUCAGGGGCCUAUGAUACUCUCUUUACACUCAGCGAAGGCA